UUUAUCACUCUUAUAUCCUCCAGUGUGUGUGUGUAUGUGUGUGUGCUGCUUACACAGCCUCACAGACAGCAGCAGCAGGUUGAUACACACAAAGACAGUGAACGCUUCCUGGUGCAGAGCCCUUUUGAAGAACUUUGAGCAUUCCUCUCCUACAGCACGGUCUCCUCCUACACAGAGGAAGAUGAAGAUACCAGCUAGCAGUCUCCUGAUUGGCCUGAUGUGUCAGGUAACCUGCAUGUGGGCCUUUGCUCGCCUGCCCGAGGAUGCAGAACAGCGGUCUGCCUUCUCAGUGGCACGCACCAGCAGCAUGGAGGGUGGACCAAAGAUGGUGGUGACCUUUGACAAGGAGUAUGUUAACAUCGGUGGGGACUUUGAUCCAAAGGCAGGCAUGUUCCGCUGCCGCAUCCCCGGAGCAUACUACUUCUCCUUCACAGUGGGGAAGUUCCCACGUCGUGACCUGUCAGUCAUGCUAAUGAAGAACAGGAAUGAAGUGCAGGCCAUUGUGUAUGAUGAGAAUGUGGGAGAAGAGCGUAAGGUGCAGAGCCAAAGCGCCAUGCUGCAGCUGGACUUUGGUGACACAGUCUGGCUCCGCCUUCACGGUGAUCCCCGCUAUGCCAUCUACAGCAACACAGGUCACUACACCACCUUUAACGGCUACCUAAUCUACCCUGACACCUACACCUUCCAAGACCCCAAGCAUGAGGACCCAACUCGUAUGUAUGGAAACGAGGCGGCUGCCAAUGACCACACCCUAACUGACCAAGAUGGGCGAGGAGAAAGGGACAACAUAGAGAAGAGAGAGGAGGUAGAGGAUGAAGAGGGGGACCAGAGGUCGGCCUUCUCUGUUGGCCGCACUCAGAGCAUCGUAGGGGUGGACCAGGGCUUCCCAGAGCACCGUCCUAUCGCCUUUGACACAGACUUUGUCAACAUUGGCGCUGACUUUAACGUCACCGAAGGUGUAUUCACCUGCCGUAUUCCAGGAGCUUACUUCUUCUCCUUCAAUGCUGGCAAGCUUCCCCACAAAACACUGUCAGUCAAGCUGAUGAAGAACCACCUGGAGGUGCAGGCCAUGAUCUACGAUGACAGUGACACUGAAAAGGCUUUGCAGAGCCAGAGUCUGAUGCUAUCUCUGCACCGUGGUGAUAUCGUCUGGCUUUAUAGCCACCAGCGCGAUGGCUUUGGAGCAUACAGCAACCAUGCCAAGUAUAUUACCUUCACUGGAUUCCUGGUCUAUCCAGACCUCCAAAAACCACCCACCAAUCAGCAGCAACAGCAGAGCCGGAAGCCAUAAGGGACAGUGUCAAGAACAAAGUUGGCUGUGGACCUACUACACUCAAUUAUUCUAUGUCCAGCUAAUUCUUUCAAUGGGUUUACUUUGUCAAACUCCAACUUUGGAGUCUUGAAUUCAAUGAAGAUGUUACAACUUGCUAGUAUUUCUGAUAUUUUCAGGAUAUGAUGUCUCAGUUAAUACUUACUUAUCUGUAUUUUUAACAUACCUUUAUCAAAUGUCUUGAAAGGCAUGGUUUAAUAAUGGGGACACUUGUUUUGUGUCAAAAUGAGUAUUUUUCCUUCAUUUUAGAGUGAGUUUCUGCUAAGGCCCGUGUCUGAUCACAAUGAAAUAAAAUUACAUUUUGAAACCAAAAAGCAUGACCUACAUUUAGAAUAAAAUGUCCCUUUACCUUGCAGGGCUGUCCAUUGGACGAAGACAGACACCAUACUCACAGAGCACAUGCUAGUUUUGGACCUUGAGGCACCAGACUCAUGAUUUCAUUUCUAACUUAGAGUUGAAUUAAUUUCCUCAGAUGGUUAAUGCUGUGGAGAAAAUGUAAUAUCCUAUAUCAUCCCUUGUGAUAAUCGUGCCGGAUUAAUUCACACACCCCAAGAGAGAAAGAUUCUGUUCAAAUUGUGCCAGACUUCAGCAAAUUACAGUCUCAGUUUGAGAGGUCAUUUAAACAACAUAUAAAAAUAGCAUAUAGUCCAAUUUUAAUGUUAGUUUUACACUCCUGAAAAUACUGUAUUUUGAUUCUCCACAUCAGUAUUGUGAGCCUAUUGGGUUCUCUACACCAUCAUCUCUGGGUAGUGUUCCUUUUGAAUCAGCGUCUUAUCAAAAGGCAUAAACACAAAAUGUGACACAAUGAAUAAUGAGACAGUAUUUCAGUAAUGGUUAGUCUCCCAGUUCAUAGUCAUCUACUAUGCGAAUAGCAGGUUGAUGUUCAUUGUCAUGAACCUUGCCCUGGAUGCAGAACUGAGCCAUUUGCCCUAGAUGGGCCAGCUGCAAAGUCAAAACUGUAUUUUUGGUCUUAAUUUAAGGUUAGGGCUAGGCAUUAUGGUUAGCUGUGUAGUUAAGGUUAUGAUUAUAAUCAGAUUUUAUGACUUUCUGGCUGUGCCAGCUAGUGACCACUCUGCAUAGCUGCCUCCAGAACAAGAUUCAUGAAGAAAAACCACUAACCUGCCUGUGACUGCGUUGAGUCAGGCAUAUACUCACUCCUGUGGUGCUGCCCUUACACAACCUACUUUUGGAGAGCAUCCUUCGUCACACUCUUGACUCCCUAAUUGUGGCAAAUUUUGUACUUUGACGGUGGAAUGACUUUUUCGAUACAGCGAUUUGAAAAAUAUUUGAAACUGCGUAUAAUUUUUCAAUUUGUAUGCGGAAAAUGAUAGUUUAGCAUUUGCUUUGUAGUUCAAUUUCAAUCAUUCUGUGCAUGGGCUGCAAUAGGAAAUAGUCCUCUUGAGUUGAGUGGACCAAAUUUGUAUAACAGCUUUAAUUCUAUUUAAAAACCACUAGCAUGAUAACUUGAGGGAGUAAGGAACCCACCAAAAGUAUUAUUUCUUAAGAGUUCAGUGAGAUCAAUUUCCAGAGAUAACAAGCAUUAUGAUUUUUGGAAUUGAGUCUUACAGAAUAUUUUGACUUAUAAUUUCAUGCAUGCUGUCAUGGAGAAUAAUCGUUUAACAGCUUUGCAGAUAUUUGUAAUGAUACCGUAUUUCUAUCCAUACGUGAUUUUUGGUAAAUAACUUUGUUGUAAGUGGUAUGUUGGUGACUUGUGCUUAUAUCUUUGUCCUUACAAAGGAAUGAUUGUAAACUAAAUAACAUUUUGCCCUGGGUACAUUCAACCCAUGUGUUAGUAGUCAGCUUCUUGUUGGCUCCUUGAGAUGUUCAAAAUAUUUCUUAUACAAUGGAUGCUUUGGAACAUGUGAAGCAGAAUAAAUAAAAGUUCAUGUUUAUUUUUCUGUGCUCUUAUUGGUAGAAGGCACAUCUGUCAGUGAACUUCACCAUGCCCAUAGGGAGAGUUUAUUUCAGCAUGAUGCUAAUCGACUCGAGACAUAGAUCAACAUCAAUAAUAUUCAAAUCAAUUGGAUCCAAUAAUAAUAUUUAAACACGUAAAGCAUACGUGGUCUUGAAUAGAAGUCUAAAAAUGUCACAAUAUAACCUGCACCAUGGUAUCACACUUCUACAGAUCUGCUUUUUAAUAUGCACACAGUGCCCUCUUUUGGUUUGCUAUGGUAAGGCAGGUAAAGGUCUGGGUUUCCAUCCAUGAUUCUACUGUAUCUUAGUCACUUCUGCUCUGACGUCGCUCGUCCAUAUAUAUAUAUAUUAGUCUUAAUUUAUUCCUACUUAGGUGUGUAUGUGUGUAAUUUGUUAGAUAUUAUUGCACUGUCGGAGCUAGAAGCACAAGCAUUUCUCUACACCCGCAAUAACAUCUGCUCGUCACGUGUAUGUGACCAAUAAAAUUUGCUUGUACUAGUGCUAUAGUUUAAACAUACACCGUCAAAAUGUAGUCACU